AUGUCAUCCGACAGGAAAAACCGAGUCUCUCGAGACAAAGCGCCGCGGUCGCCUUUCCAACACGCCUCCAAGUUCGAUAUAGAUCAGUUCCCGUCGAACUUCAAGAAUGAUACGCAUCGACGAGGCGCUCCCCGUCCCGGAUCCUUAGCGGCAGCAUACCACACUGCGUCCAGACAAGACAUGCCCUUCACAGCCAACGAAUUAAGCCCACAGGCAACAACACCCAGCCCGCGGCAGAAGCGACAGUCAAUGAACGCGUUCUCUUCGACGUCCCCGAACUCCCCUCCGCCUCAUGAAAUCAUGGACUCCUACAGACAGAUUGAAGAAGAUGGUACCCUGGCCGAGUUUGUGCGCGAGGAUCCUUGGGAGCCGAAGGCUCGCUCCCCAGGUCGAUUGAGCCGCUCCUCGUCUCGCGCAAGGGAGACGAACCACGCAAUAGGGUCCCCAGAGGCCAAUUCCAUAUCCGGUGCCAGUCUCAACGGUGAUCUCGGCGCGUAUCGACCGCCCAGGGCUCGGGACUAUACCGAGGAUGAAAAGCGUCUCAAUCGCGUUACAAAAAAGGGAUCGCCGGUUUUCAGCAGGGCGCAUAUGGGACGAUCACCCUCAUUGACGGCGGACAAUCUACAAAGACGCGAACAAGAGAAGAUUGAGGGGGAACAACAUAUUGUGGAGGAUGAUGGGAGCCGUGGUCCUUCGCUGAAUCUACCUUCCAGCUGGGGCAGUCGGGCCAACUACCCACACGAAUGGCAGAGAAAAACCAGUCAGCCUAGUGUUUUCGAGAAACAAGAAGAAACUAGGCCAUCAAAUCGGCACACAAAUGGAGAGCGCGACCCGAUUGCUAGGCCUGCUCGCACAUCUCCUCGUUCUCUGGUGCGGAACGGUCUUCCUGCUAGGGGUGUUCUUGAGGAACGCACCGCUAACUCUCUUAUUCAGGCACCGCAGGAAGAUCUGGCAUGGAAACAACCUCUCACCAAGCCUAUUUUCCCUCCUGGCGACGGAAACCCCAUUCCCAAUAGCCCCGUGACUGUGUUCAAGAACGACACGGCGUACGAAGGCUCGAAGUUUACACGACCUAGUCCCAGCAAGCGAGGCUCGCGGGAUUUGCUACGGAGGCUGUCCAGAGUUGAGGCGCCCAAGCCUGAUCAUAUGAAGACUCCCGAGCCAUCAAAGCUCUUUGGGGGUAAAAUCUACGACCAGACCCCUCGGGUAACUGGGGCAUGGAUUGAUACUCCCAUGACUGAGCGGGUGGCAGAUCGAAUGCCUGAACUCCCUGAAGAUUUGACUAGAGACAUUGUUCCUCCACGGGCAACAAGUGAAAAAAAGACCGUUGCACCGCCUGCAAAACCAGCAGAGCCUGUCACGUCGAAGCCUGAAGAGACAAUACCAGUCGAAAGCAAACAAGAGCAGCCUCCCCCUGAGCCCAAACCCGAGAAACAGUCCAGAGCCCCGUUGCCUCGGCCGCAUCUGCCAAAAAGUGCACUGGAGGCUGUCAUUGAAGAUGCAAGCUCUGGCAAGGACGAUGAAUUCGGAAACGACACCCUUGAGUCUCUCCGAGGUAUGAUGGAUGAUGAAGAUGGACCCGCCGAGCUCAAAGUCGAAGAAGGAGACGAAGAAGCCUACGAAAAGGCGGUCCUGGAGAAACUCGCACAGGCGGAUACAGCACAAACAGACCAGGUCGAUCUGGGCUCAGUUAAUGACAAGUUAAACUCACUCAUGAGACACAUCAGCGAAGUGAAGAAAGGACUGGACGGUCUCGAAGGCCAAGUCAAUCGAGCCGCAACCAUUUCGAAAUCAAGUUCUCCAACAGAGAAGAGCAGCAAACAACCAUCACACAUCCACACAGGCGAAACCUGCAAAGACUGCGGUACACAUUCGGAUGGACGUGUAUACGCCGCGCUCCCUAUUCCCCGACUGUGGAAGCGGAGCCCGAUAUCUCGACGCCUUCAAAUGACCAACCUCGGCUGGUUUACUCUCAUUUCACUCUCGUUGUAUAUCAUCGAAUGCCUCAUGUGCGAACAAUAUAGCCGUCCCGAAAUAGCUGAAACAUGCGAGGGCUAUUGUCUACGCCCCGAUGCACCCUCCUUCCCAUUCGUGACGGUGACAAUGCUGUGGCGCUGGUCACAUCUAUCGACAGUUCUCACGCCUGUCUUUGCUAUCCUCGUUUUUGUCUUCCGCCUGUUCACACAAUUGCUCGGCUUUUCUGAUGGAUAUAUGGAGGAGACUCCUCAGCUUACGGGCCUUGUUGGUGAAAUUCGUAUUAACGGCACCCCUGUUGCUUUUCCCUGGCUGUCGGCGCCGACUGCUCAAGCUGUUGUUCAUGAGCCUAAGCAGUCUAUUGAACACGUGCGGCCUGUGCAGCCUGUACAGUCUGUAUGGCCACCUCGGGAUGCGCAUCCACAGCGGUGGGAAGAGGACCAGGCCUCAAUGGACGAUGAUGAAGUCCUUUAG